AUGUCUUUCCACGAAAGCUGCGACCUCAUCCGGAUCGAAGUCCGCGACGAUGGCACCUGGCUUCUUGCCGCUGCUGGAACCCUUGAAGAAGGAGAAACGGCCCCCGCCGAGCUUAGGCUCGACGAGAGGAUCGGUAACAGCGACGGAUGGUUUGCCUUCCCGGGUGAAAACUUCUCAGAAACCGCCCAAGAGAUCGAGCUCGACUUCCGUGAUGAUGGUCCUUGGUUGACGGCUGUGCUGGCCGAGCACGAUCAGGAAAACAGAGAGCGCCAGGGGAUCAACUUGGCUGAGCACAUUGGGAACGACAAUGGUCGGCUUGUGUGGGUUUGA